UUUCUCUUUAUAUUUGAAUCUAAGGCUGAUUUUUUUCUUUAGCUAUCUAAGUUAGUGUCGUCAUCAAGCAAUGGAGCUGCCGUUUUUGAACCUCUUAACAAAGCUCUAGGCCCGCCUAAGGAAUCUGGGUCAGACUUAUUGGUAAUGGAACUCUGGUCUGAUCUGUGGGUAUCUGAUGCGGCUAAGGCAUCUGAUGUGUCUGUCCCUGAUAAAUAUGCUGAUGCUGAUGUGGAUAAUGCUACUUUGGUGUCUUCGCAAGACUUAUGUGAAGCUGCUAUGGAUACGGAGAAAGGGAAGGCGAUUGGUGCAGGGUUUAUUGGUCGGGUUAAGAAUAAACCAAUUAAACCAGCAAAAUCAGGUUCUAAAGUGCCAUAGGGAAAGCUUCUUUACUAGCACUCUUAGGAUCAAGCCCCUGUUAUUACUUCUGUCCAAGGGAAUGAGAAGCCAAGCAUAUUUGUUCCAGCUUAUUAUCCAAAUUCAAGACAGUCGUUCUACGUUGAUGUUCCUGCAAUUGCUAUUGCUUGUAAGCUGCCAGAGGUUACUCUUUUAAUUGAAGACGUCAAUGAAAAUGUUAAUCCAAGCAAUCCUUUCCCUGUUCCGAAGGAUAUCAAUACCUUUAUUCGCAGUUCAGUUAUGUCG